AUGUCGAAUUCGAACACACCGAAAAAAGGAACCCCUAAAGGCUCCAAAAGCACUACCCCGAAGGGCAAAAAAGAAAGCUGGCUUUGGAACGAUUCAGAAGACGAGUUCGUCCUUUCUUCGGAUAAUGACUGUUUGAUAAAAACCGAGCAGAGCUGCGUCGAAAACCUGACUCUUGUUGAUGAAGCUGGCGAUGAUAUACCAGAGUACGCGAUAUCGAACGAGUUAAGGGAUGAUGUUGUUUUCCUCUCUGCUGAUACGAUGGGGAAGGCCGGCUUUUGUCUUGGGGACCUUGUUUAUAUUUCCGCAUCGCCUAAUAUCUCUGCUGCCGCUAUCGUCUGGCCGAAAGUCCAAGCGAGACUCGGCACAAUAAUACCGUCUAACAAUAUGAAGCCGCUUUUCAAAGAAAGUGGAACGAGCGUCUCCGUUACAAAACUUGAAAGCAAGAAGCAGGUCUGUCAUCCCAAGACUGUGUAUGCUCGAGUGUUUCGCUCAGUAAAAGCCGCGCCGAUAACUUUGUCCGAAGAGAAGUAUUUGUGCAAGUAUCUGCAGCGUAUGUUUACCGGAAAAUAUUUGGUCGAUAAACAGGUUCAUAAAACCAUUUUCGGUGGGAGACGAGUCCAAGUAACUUUUCAUUGUACUGAAUCAUCGCUUGAAGAAGAACUCGAGCAACUUUCGCUUAGUGACACAAAGAGAAUUUACAGGGUUGGACCAGAAACUACCUUCAUUAUUACGAAUUUGAGUAGAAAAAUUCAUCGAAAGGAAGACAAACUUUGUAUAGAAGAAAAAUAUUUUUCCGACUCCUUGGUAAAGAAAGUUAAUGAUGAAAUCAUCAAUUAUCUAUCAAACUGGGACGAAGUAUUGAUGCCGCCUCCCAAAGGCUUCAUUCUUUAUGGACAAUCGGGAGUUGGCAAGACAGAGAUUCUGAAACUUAUCAGUUGCAGACUCCUCGACGAAUUUAAAUGCGUUUGGGUGAAUAAUGUGGACGAAUACAAGGUCGCCAUUGUAAACCGUGGUCCGUCUCUUAUUUUAAUCGACAAUUUCGAAAACUUUUGCUCUAAAGACACCGAGAAGACGUUUUUAAGAGACUUCAUCGAAGCGAUCGAUAAUGCUCCCAAAACACAAUUUUUCAUCUGUGCGACGAACAGGCUCGAUCUAGUUGACGAGCGAUUGCGCACGAAUGGACGCCUUGAGGUCGAGAUUGAAGUUCCUAUUCCAGGGACUCAAGAGCGCGGACGAAUACUCGCGCAGCUGGCACAAAAGCUGCCCUUAGAUAAUGUCAGAAUUCGCGAACUCGCUGGACGACUUCACGGUUUCGUUGCAAGUGAUAUCAUUUCGUUGAUGAAGAAGGCAACGGCCCAUGUAUUUCGAACAAGAUCUGCUAUCGAUAAUGAACUGUUGAUGAAGUUGGCUAAGCAAAUUGUACCCAGUGCAAUGAAAACGAUGGCAGUCUCGGUGAAGCCUGUCAAAUGGCGUGAUAUCGGAGGAGGAGAAAGAAUGAAAAGAUCAUUGGUUCAGCUUGUCGAGUGGCCUCUCAAAUAUGCUGCGGAAAUGAAAAAGCUUAAAAUUGAUCCUCCUCGCGGCGUGCUCCUAUACGGUCCUCCAGGAUGCUCAAAGACGAUGAUUGCCAAAGCUCUAGCAACUGAAUCUAGCCUCAAAUUUCUUACAAUCAAGGGAGCAGAACUGAUAUCCAAGUAUGUUGGAGAUUCGGAAAAGGCUAUCCGAAAUGUUUUCCAGAAAGCGCGACAAAGUGCUCCCGCGAUCUUGUUCUUCGACGAGAUCGACGCAGUUGCUGUUACCAGAGGAGAGCAGAAUUCUGUCGUCACUGACAGAAUGAUCACUACUUUACUAACCGAGCUUGAUGGAAUAACUGACGAUGCCGAUAACAAUCCAGUUAUUCUCGUUGCUGCGACCAAUCGGCCACACAUGAUUGACUCUGCUCUCCUUCGACCUGGACGCAUCGAUCGGUUCGAGUACGUCUCCCUACCGAACAAGGAUACCCGGCGCGAUAUUUUUAAAAAAAUUCUUCCGUCUUCUUUCGAGAACGAGGAUUUGGAUAUUCUUGCUGACCGUACAAGUGGAUAUAGCGGUGCUGAAAUUGUUAGCAUAAAGCAAGAAGCCGCGUUGGUUGCUAUGGAACGCAUGAUCAAGGGUGAUGUAGGCGCAACAGUUACUGUGGAGGAUAUCGAAGGAGUGCUUGAACGACUGAAACCGAGAACGAAGCAAUGUGACCUUGAUCUUUUCCGUGACUUUGCCACUGCUCAUGGACAGACUAUAUCCGAUGAGCAUUAUUUUAUCGCUGUUUAUUGCAUUUAG